CCCAGGUGGAGUCGGGCGCCCCAGCCAGCGCGGACCGGCAGGCGCACGGGCACCGCGCCGGGUACCGCACCGCACCGUUCCGCGCGGGGCAGAGCGGAGCCGCAACCCCACGCGCCGCCCAGGACCCACUCGCCAUCGCCGCCUCCGCAGCACCCAUGGGGACCAGGAGACUUUAAAGGAGUUUGGGGUUUCGGGAGCAGGGAAAUCACGGAUCCCCGCUCCUGGCCCUCGCUUAGCCGCGUCAUUGAUGGGCAACCAACUGGACCGCAUCACCCACCUCAACUACAGCGAGUUGCCCACAGGGGACCCGUCGGGGAUCGAGAAGGACGAGCUGCGGGUCGGGGUCGCCUACUUCUUCUCGGAUGAGGAGGAGGACCUGGACGAACGCGGCCAGCCCGACAAGUUUGGCGUGAAGGCCUCCCCGGGCUGCACUCCCUGCCCGGAGAGCCCCAGCCGCCACCACCACCACCACCACCACCUGCUGCACCAGCUGGUCCUCAACGAAACUCAGUUCUCCGCCUUCCGGGGCCAGGAAUGCAUCUUCUCCAAAGUGAGCGGCGGCCCUCAGGGCGCCGACCUGAGCGUCUACGCUGUCACAGCGCUGCCCGCGCUCUGCGAGCCCGGCGACCUGCUGGAGCUGCUGUGGCUGCAGCCGACGCCGGAGCCGCCCGCCCCGCACUGGGCCGUCUACGUGGGUGGCGGGCAGAUCAUCCACCUGCACCAAGGCGAGAUCCGCCAGGACAGCCUGUACGAGGCGGGCGCGGCCAACGUGGGCCGAGUGGUGAAUAGCUGGUACCGCUACCGCCCGCUGGUGGCCGAGCUGGUGGUGCAGAACGCCUGCGGCCACCUGGGCCUCAAGAGCGAGGAGAUCUGCUGGACGAACUCGGAGAGCUUCGCCGCCUGGUGCCGCUUUGGCAAGCGGGAGUUCAAGGCGGGAGGGGAGGUGCCGGCUGGCACUCAGCCCCCGCAGCAGCAGUACUAUCUCAAGGUGCACCUGGGCGAGAACAAGGUGCACACGGCCAGGUUUCACAGCCUGGAAGACCUCAUCCGCGAGAAGCGCCGCAUCGACGCCAGUGGUCGCCUGCGAGUGCUCCAGGAGCUCGCCGACUUCGUGGAUGACAAGGAGUAGCCCUGUGGGGGGCCUCCCGCACCUCCUGUCUCCCCGCGCCCCGCUCCCUU